CAAAAGCAAAAACGGGAAGACCUGCUUGGGUCCAUGGAGUCCAUGACUUAUGUCGGCCCUUGUGUCAUCUGGAGCUUGGGCAACCAAACUUGGUCUGUCCCAGCCACGCUGGGCGCCCGCGCGGGCAAAGCUACGCCUUGGAGCCAAGUCAGCGAAGGCAGAUGUGGUUGCUGCGCCAAUGUCGAUCCCAAUCUCAUUCGCUUUGUGGCCUCUAACUCGCCGUAGUCCACGAAAGACACCAAAGAAGCGUCAACGUGAGAAGCCUCAUCGAGCAAAGGAACUCGUUAAGCCACAAGGGCCGAAGCUGCCUAUGGAGUUGAAGACCAGAACACCACGCAAGUCGAAAAGAAAGGGCGAGUCCUUCAUGAAAGAGACCGACUUGGAUGCACCGCUGAAAGCAGCGGCUAGCAAGUGUCCUGCACAGGCAGAGCUCCAAAGUCGAGCCAAGAUCUUGGAGAAAAUGUCCAACACCAAGAGGACAUGGAAAUGGACAGCAGGGCCCUACCCAGCAACGCGAGAGGACUGUCCCAAUCCUGAUAAUCCAGACGGAUCUGAUGAAAGCAUUGCCAGGCUGGCGCAUGGGCUACAGAGUGUGGUGAUGCUGCGUGGGAGGCUUGUGUCCGUGCGACAACUUCCGCUUGAGAAGCAGAAAGAAGUAAGCUGCAUUGCACAGCCCGAGGAUAUCAACUGGGAUGCCUUGCCACCCUUCGUGCCUGCGCAUAAAGACCGACAGUUGGAAGAGUUGGCCAGGAAGAAUGGCUGCAGAUUCUUCACGAGCACCUCAUCUCUCACAGGGCUUCUGUCGCGGUGCUACUUUGUCAUCACUCGUCAUCGAGGCUUUGAUCCCCUUGGUCUUGGUGAUUACUUUGCCAAAAGGUACCUGACCUUCAGCCCCAGCACCAGGUGGCCAACAGUCGUCUACUUGCGUCGCAACGAUGCUGGGGAUGCCUGGUCCGUGACAGCAGGUGAUGAUGGUGAUGAGGAAAACGUCCUUGCUGAUUAUGGUUUGUCCAUGGAGCACCAGUUGACAACUCCGAAGCCUGAAUUUGAAGCGCGCUUUGUGAAAGCCAAGAACACAACCGAAACAAAGCCAGACCUGGAGCAAGAACGUCGCGCAUACAGAUUUUGGAAGGUUGGACGAACAAUGAUACGCUCGCAGCUGGAUGCUGUCCACGAGGGCCAAGUCUUUGACUUGAAGACACGCGCGGUGUAUGCGAUCAGGCACAAUGUCGAGGAUUACAGAAACAAGCGGGCUUACCGCAUCAAGCACAUUCGCGGCGCCAAGAAUAGCUUUGAGCUGGAAAUCUAUGAGAUGAUGCGAAAUGCCUUUAUGAAGUAUGGCUUCCAAGCCAAAAUUGGUCGAAUGGACGGCAUUUUCGUAGCCUAUCACAACACCUUGGAGAUUUUUGGCUUCCAAUAUAUUCCGCUGGAUGACAUGGAGCGCUGCAUCUACGGCAGCAGGACUGCUGCCGAUGUAGCCUUUGACCUCAGCGUUCAGAUGCUGGAGCAGAUCUUCCAAAUUUUAGCACAGGAUCCAGCGCUGGCCGCCACUGGAACCAUCAAAGUGCAAAUGAGCACUGAAGACGGCGCCAACAGUGGCCGUGGAAAUGUGUUGGACAUUUCAGCUGCAUCUGUUCUGAAAGAAGGCAAUGGCCGCGAACUCGAUGAACUUGAUAGAGCCAGCGGCCUGAGACAAGUUGACAGACGUUUUCCUUUGAAGUGCACAAGUGUUGAUGACAUGGACUCGACUCCAAAGUUUGACUUUGUUCAUGACCACAACAGACAUUCUACGUAGAUUCGCAGAGGUAGUCUUGACAUGUCUUGACAUUCACAAGGGACUCCAUCCACAUGAGCCACAAGGGAACUGCUCAAAGAGUAUGUUAUGGCGCCCAUGGCAAGCCGACAGUCGGAGGAAACUCAAACUCAUGCAGGCACAGGCGAAUGAAAAAGUGCUACAAAAUCAUUUGCUUAGCACCGCUGAAAGUAGAGCAUGCCCUCCCAUUUGCAUGAAGCAAGAAGACAAGCUGUGGAAUCUGGGACCCAACCGGGACCUCACCUGCUGGGGCUCCAGCACCGCAGAACUCACAAGGGAUUGGGGCACUCGGGCCAGAUCCCCAAUCAACGCAGCACUCAGAUGUCGCAGACCAAGAUCUUCCACGACUCAAGUUGGUGGCCAGCUCCCAUUGUGGCAGAACAUUACUCCUAGUAGCGUUCUUGCUCCUAGUAGUAAGGCCAGGAGCCCCUAGUAGCAUCCUUAAUCCAGUAGCGAUGCCAGGAGCCCCUGGUAGCGUCCUUGCUACCAAAAAAGACUUCCCAAUCAGCAAUGCUGGUUCUCAUGGUAGGGAGCCCUUCGCAGGACCGCAGGGACCAGGGACACAGGUAGCGAACAGUUCAGCGAGAGUGUUGGAAUUAUUGUCCUGCCUUUCUCUAUCGCUUUUCAAAGGCCAUUCAGAGAAACGUAAGUGCUCGAUAUUACCUGCAGCUGCUCCACCCUUGGAUCGAGGUUCACCACUUUCGUGUCAGAGCGGAGACCUUCCAUAGCGAUAGGAGACCUCGCAGUUCUUGGGAGGAAUUGCGACAAGGGGACUAUGUUGACCUCACGAUGAGCGAGUUGUACUUGACAAACAAGCCUGUAGCAGAGCUGCCUCCAAAGGACACCCCAAGCAGCCAGCGCAGCCAGAUUGCC